AUGUCGUCGCGCGUGACGUCCGCCGACGGCGCGGGCGUGCACGUGCGCGAGUACCUCCCGCGCGCGCUCUCGCGCGACGUCGCGCGCGAGCGCGCCCCCAAGGUGGUGCUCGCGCACGCGAACGGCUUUCACGGCGGUGUCUUCGAGCCGCUCGCGCGCGCGCUCUGCGACCGCGGCUACGCGUGCUACGCGCUCGAUUUCCGCGGGCACGGCGCGAGCGACGCCGUGAGCGUCGAUGCGCUGACGUGGGGUGCGCUCGCGGACGAUUGCGCGGCGGUGGUCACCGCGCUCGGGUUGCACCGAUGCGCGGCGUUCGGGCACUCGUGCGGCGGACACGCGUUGUUGAUGUGCGAGGCGCGCAGACCCGGGACGUUUCGCGCGAUUUACGCGUUCGAACCGAUUUUUGUGGUUUCUUCGAGCGAUGUGCCGACGCUGGACGUCUCGCCGGGAUCACCGCUGAUGGCGAGCACGGCGUACAUGGUGAAGAGCGCGUCGAGGCGAAGGGCGAGAUUCGCGAACGCGGCCGAGGCGUUGAACGCGUAUAAGAGCAAGCCGCCGAUGAGCGCCUGGAGCGAAGACGCGCUGGACGCGUACGUGAAUAAAGGCGGUUUUGUUCCGGACGAUGAUGGCGGCGUGCGGUUGGCGUGCUCGACGGAGACAGAGAUUGGUAUCUAUCGAGCGGGCGAUAAGGAGACGACGGCGUUCGGAGAGUUGAAAAGUAUAGCGUGCCCGGUCGCCAUCGCGCGAGGAAGGUCGACGACGCCCGACGGGGCGUCGCCCAUAUAUUCCGCGGUCAUCGCUCCCGCGAUCGCGGCCGCCGUGCGCGACGGUCGUCUGAUUGAAUUUCCGGAUAACGGCCACUUGGCGCCGAUGGAAAUUCCUCGAGACGUGGCGCGCUCGGCGCUCGAUUUCUUCGACGCCGCGCGCGGUGACGACGUCAUCCGCGCGCGCUCGAAACUUUAG